UGAUUGGGCCUUAGUUUCCAUUUCUGCUGAAGGGGAGGAGUUGGGUGGUAGACUUGGACCCAGAAUAUUCAAUCAAUCUUUCUCUGUUGAACCGAAUUGAGAGAUUUAUGAAGAGAGUAAGUGUAGUUAAAUUGUCUGUUGAAACUGAAAGAGAAGGAACUGCUAAUUUUGCUCACCCUCAAACUGGAACUACUCUCAAAAGGGAAGGAAUUCAGUGUCUUUCAUUGGCUGCUACCAGCGGAGAUGGGAUUUCGCUCAGCUUCUAAUUAGCAGCAAUCACCGCCAUGAUUCACUUUGUUCUUCUCAUCAGCAGACAAGGCAAAGUCAGGUUGACAAAAUGGUAUUCACCUUAUUCUCAAAAGGAAAGAGCAAAGGUUCUCCGGGAGCUUAGUGGUAUGAUUCUCACUCGGGGCCCCAAGCUGUGCAAUUUUGUGGAGUGGAGGGGGUACAAAGUUGUUUACAAAAGAUAUGCCAGCCUUUAUUUCUGCAUGUGUAUUAACCAGGAUGACAACGAGUUGGAGAUCCUUGAAAUUAUCCACCACUAUGUCGAGAUACUGGACCGCUACUUUGGGAGUGUUUGUGAACUGGAUUUGAUCUUUAAUUUCCACAAGGCUUACUAUAUAUUGGAGGAAAUUCUGUUAGCUGGUGAACUUCAAGAGUCAAGUAAGAAAACUGUUGCACGUCUUAUAGGUGCACAGGAUUCUCUGGUGGAGGAUGCCAAGGAGCAAGCAAGUUCUAUAAAAAAUAUGAUUGCCCAGGCAACAAAAUAAGGAUGUACUAGUAUAGUCCUUGAAUUUGUCUGGGAAAUCAUUUUAGUGUUUUGAUUUGUUAGCUUACCAAAUACGAUAGCAGGUGACCUAUUAUCUUUUAGUUUUUUCCUAACUGCCGUAAUAGGGCUGAGAUGAUGUAAUCAUUUAUCUCCAGUUCAUAAAUUGCUUCUGAUACAAUCUCUUUUGUUCAUAAUCCUGCAGAGCUGAAUAGCUCUUUGUUA